AUGGAGAAUACCGAAGACGAUGUGAAUGUCAAUGAAUGUAAGAUGAAUGAUCUUUUACCGGCAUUAUUUCGUCUUCAAUCGCAACGCUGUCUUACCUAUCAGCGUCUUGCCGAUGCUCAGUCGAUGUUUUUAAACACACACAACUUUCCGGCGUUUCAAAAUUUUCUUUCGGAUAUUACGGUUAUCUUUGCGAGAAUAUCGGAAGAAAUUUUAUCGAUUAAAAAACGUUUUGAAACGUCAAAAUUGAUUUAUAAACACAUCGAACAAUUACAAGAUUAUGAACAGAAAAAGUUACAAAUGACUAACGAUCUAUUCGUUGCAAAAGUUGAAAAGAAGAACGCAGAAGCAGAGAAACUAAACGAGAAACUAAUUGAAAUUGUCGAAAAUAUCAAUGAAAUUGUCGAAGAACUACGAUACGAUCAACAAGAUUUUGUGCAAACAGAAAUCUAA